AUGGCAUAUAACCCGAGAAUGAGCAUUAUACCAACAAACCAACAACAAGGCCGUUCACGGAAGAAGGAGGAUGAAGCCGACGCCUUCAUGCGCCUCCCCGACCGCGAAAUCGUAGGCUGCAUCACAGACAUUGGCAUCCACUUCACCGUCGCGGACCUCCAAAAACCCAAUGCCGCGCAUGUACAGCAAAUAUUCGAGUGGUUUGCGGAAUUACUGUUGAAUGCCACACGAGAGACUGUCGAGCCGGCGAUGCGCGCCGCCGCAGAGGAUGUUUGCGGCGAAUUCGCUGAUGUGGUGCCCACGGAUACGCGUAACUUGAUGGGAUUCUAUGUGUCUCUGCGCAGGUUACUGUACGAGUGUGGCAUCACUGAUUUCACUUUCAACGACUUGUAUAAGCCUACGUACGAGCGACUGGUCAAGAUCUUCAGCUACCUCAUCAAUUUCGUCCGAUUUCGCGAGUCACAAACCACCAUUAUUGACGAAUACUACAACAAGUCGGAGUCAACAAAGAACAGAAUCGAAACGUUGUAUGCAGAGAACCAGGAAAACGAAGCACGGCUAGAUAAUAUGAAGCAUAACCGCAAAGCCAUGGAGGCACAGGUUCGCGAAAAGACAAUGAGGAAUGAGGAACUGAAGAAGCGAUUGCUCGAACUACAACGGCACCAAAAGACUGUCGCGACGAGGCUGGAGGAAGCCAAGGAGAAGAAGGGCGAGUUGACGAGCGUACUGGAGCAAAAGACACAGGAUAAAUUGACCCUUAAACAAGAAAGCAACAAACUGCGUCCGUACAUGCUGCAGAGCCCUUCGGCAUUGCAGGACAACCUGACGGAGCUGCGCGAAAUUCUGAACAACGACAAGGCACACAUUGACGCGUUGGACCGGAGGGCGCGUGCGCUCCAGACAUCGACGGAUUCGUUCACUGUGGUAUCAACCGAGGUUGCAUCUUGUAUCAAGAUUCUCGACGAGAUUGCCACCGAACUUGCCAAGGAGGAGGAGGAAAUGGUUAGGAAUGCAAAGCAACGGGAUGCGCUGUCUGAGCGUGGAAAUAAUGCUCGAGAGGUGGAACGGGCGGAGGUGAUGCUGCAGCGGCAAUUGAGUAAAUGGACUGAGCGGACAGAUAAGCUGCGCGAGCAGAGUAGUCAUAAGGCGCAGGAGGCCAAGGAGAAGAUGCAUGAGCUGCGGGCGAUUCACCGGAAAUUGACGGAGGAGCACACAGAGAAGGGGAAAGAGAUGGAGAUUCGGAGAGUGAGGAUUGAGCAGACGGAGAAAAAAAUGCUCGAUUUGAAAGAGAACAUCGAAAACGAGGUGCACGCCGCACACGACGAGUAUCUCAAGAUGGAAUCGCACAUCAAGUUGUACAUUACGGAAAUGGAACAGGCCAUCAGUUGA